AUGGCUUUGAGAAGAGGAGCGACGCCACUUGCCAUCGUCGUGGCCUUGUGCCUGAUCGCAGCAACAAGAACAGAAGCCCAGCUCAGAGUGGGGUUCUACUGCCGUAUCUGCCCUAAACCUGAGCUCAUUGUCAAGCAGGAGGUUGAGAAGGCUGUAAGGGCUAAUCCUGGCAUCUCUGCCGGCCUUCUCAGGCUGCACUUCCAUGACUGUUUUGUUGGGUCCAGCCCAUAUGGUUGUGAUGGAUCGGUCCUUAUCGAUUCAACAUGGAGAAGUACUGCAGAGAAGGAUACACUCCCCGACAAAAGCCUUCGAGGAUUCGAAGUCAUUGACAGAGCGAAGAGAAGGUUGGAGGCUGUCUACAGAGGGAAAGUCUCGUGCGCAGACAUUCUCGCGUUCGCAGCCAGCGAUAGUGUUAGUCUUGUAAUACUUGUCAACUUGCAAAUCGGUGGUAAUGCAGUACAGAAAAGUUUCUACCAAGUCCCUGCAGGACGAAGGGAUGGAAGGAUUUCCAGGGCUGCCGAUGUGAUCGAUCUCCCUCCUCCAGCCUUUAACCUCAGCCUCCUCGAUCCAUUCUUUACCAAGAAAGGUUCGAGCCUAGAUGACAUGAUCACACUCUCAGUUUCGUACUUAUUAUGCCCUUCCUUCGCCAACAGGCUCUACAACUACAACAAGAAAGCGAGCUGCCCAGUUGAAGAGGCGAUGCCCUCUACGGAGCAACAGCGUGGUGCCCAUGGAUUCAUCGACCCCCUUCACGUUCGAUACCAGCUACUACAGGAACCUGUUGGUGAACCGAGGUCUGUUCACUUCCGAUCAGACCCUCACGUCGACAUGGGCCAUGGCCGCGAAGGUGAGGCAGCUCGCGGGCAAUCCCAUGCUCUUCUAGAGGAAGUUUGCAGCUGCAAUGGUGAAGAUGGGUAA